GUUGCCGCCCGUUCCAAUUACUGGCCGGCGCUCGCGCAGCCCGGUCCUAAAUAUUCCUUAUUUUUAAAUUUUUAAAAUAGGAACAAUCGAACAUCGACUGGAAACGGCCAUCUUUGAAAACGAUGUGUGUGUGAAAAAUGUGUGACCAGUGCACUAGGCGGUAGGUGUUCUAUGGAUUUUUGAUGACACGUUGCUAUGCGGUUGAAGAGGAGUAGAGACAUCGAUUUGGAAUACUGAGUAAGGAAAAUUCAAAAUGGCGGAAGCGGAAGGAGGAGCGAGCGAGCAAGAUGAUGUUUCAUUCUUACGUACGGAAGACAUGGUGUGCCUGUCAUGCACGGCAACAGGUGAAAGGGUUUGCUUGGCUGCUGAAGGCUUCGGUAACAGGCACUGUUUCCUUGAAAAUAUCGCCGACAAAAACAUACCUCCAGACCUCUCGCAGUGCGUUUUUGUCAUAGAACAGGCCUUAUCAGUGAGAGCUCUACAGGAAUUGGUCACAGCUGCCGGGUCUGAAACUGGCAAAGAAAACUUAGUAGGAAAAGGCACUGGAUCGGGGCACAGGACUCUCCUUUAUGGCAAUGCUAUUCUGUUACGACAUCUCAACAGUGAUAUGUACCUGGCCUGUCUGUCGACAUCGUCGUCCCAGGACAAGCUGGCCUUCGACGUGGGUUUGCAGGAGCAUUCGCAGGGCGAGGCGUGCUGGUGGACCUUGCAUCCAGCUAGUAAGCAGAGGUCUGAGGGUGAAAAGGUGCGCGUUGGUGACGAUUUGAUUCUCGUGUCUGUUGCUACUGAGAGAUACUUGCACACAACAAAAGAGAAUGAAGUAUCGAUAGUGAACGCUUCGUUCCACGUGACGCACUGGUCGGUACAGCCCUACGGUACCGGCAUAUCGCGUAUGAAGUACGUGGGAUACGUGUUCGGGGGCGACGUGCUCCGGUUCUUCCACGGAGGCGACGAGUGCCUUACUAUACCGAGCACGUGGAGCCAAGAGGGCGGGCAGAAUAUCGUGGUAUACGAAGGCGGGUCGGUGAUGUCCCAAGCUCGCUCGCUGUGGCGCCUGGAGCUGGCGCGCACCAAGUGGGCAGGCGGCUUUAUCAACUGGUACCACCCCAUGCGGAUCCGCCACAUCACCACGGGACGGUACCUCGGGGUCAAUGACCAGAACGAGCUGUAUUUGAUCAGCAGAGAAGAAGCAACCACAGCAUCUUGCGCGUUCUGUCUGCGUCAAGAGAAAGAUGAUCAGAAGGUAGUCUUAGAAGACAAGGAUCUGGAAAUCAUUGGGGCUCCGAUCAUCAAAUAUGGUGACUCCACUGUUAUUGUGCAGCAUUCAGAGACUGGGUUAUGGCUGUCUUAUAAGUCCUAUGAGACAAAAAAGAAAGGUGUCGGCAAAGUGGAAGAAAAGCAAGCCAUUCUACACGAAGAAGGCAAGAUGGACGACGGUCUAGACUUUUCUAGAUCACAAGAAGAGGAGUCUAGAACCGCUAGAGUUAUUAGAAAGUGUUCUUCUCUCUUCACUAAAUUCAUUAAUGGCCUUGAGACAUUGCAAGAGAACCGACGCCAUUCCAUGUUCUUCGCGUCAGUCAACUUGGGGGAGAUGGUGAUGUGUUUGGAGGAUCUUAUCAACUACUUCGCACAACCUGAUGAAGAUAUGGAACACGAAGAGAAGCAAAACAAGUUUCGCGCUCUACGUAACCGUCAGGAUCUGUUCCAAGAAGAAGGCAUUCUGAACUUGAUUCUGGAGGCCAUAGACAAGAUUAACGUUAUUACCUCCCAAGGAUUUCUCGCUGGGUUCCUAGCAGGAGACGAGUCCGGCCAGAGUUGGGAUAUGAUAUCAGUUUAUUUGUACCAACUUUUGGCGGCAAUAAUCAAGGGCAACCACACUAACUGCGCUCAGUUCGCCAAUUCGAACCGACUCAACUGGCUGUUCUCGCGACUCGGCUCGCAGGCAUCGGGGGAGGGUACCGGCAUGUUGGAUGUGUUGCACUGCGUGCUCAUCGACUCGCCAGAGGCUCUGAACAUGAUGAGGGAUGAACACAUCAAAGUGAUCAUAUCUCUGCUGGAGAAGCACGGCAGAGACCCCAAAGUCCUGGACGUGCUCUGCUCCCUCUGCGUGGGAAACGGCGUUGCCGUGCGCUCCUCGCAGAACAACAUCUGUGACUAUCUACUGCCGGGGAAAAACCUGCUUCUGCAGACACAACUUGUUGAUCACGUGUCUAGUGUCCGUCCAAACAUUUUCGUGGGUCGAGUUGAAGGUUCGGCCGUUUACCAGAAGUGGUACUUCGAAGUGACAAUGGACCACAUAGAGAAGACUACGCAUAUGAUGCCACAUUUGCGUAUAGGAUGGGCCAAUACUUCUGGGUAUGUACCAUAUCCCGGAGGUGGUGAGAAGUGGGGUGGCAAUGGGGUGGGAGAUGACCUGUAUUCGUUUGGUUUCGACGGCGCAUUCCUCUGGUCUGGUGGCAGGAAGACACCGGUGAAUAGGACUCAUGAGGAAGAGCCUUUCAUUAGAAAAGGUGACGUCAUCGGUUGUGCACUAGACCUUACCGUUCCUCUGAUAAACUUCAUGUUCAACGGCGUCCGCGUCACUGGCUCCUUUACAAACUUCAACCUCGAGGGAAUGUUCUUCCCGGCUAUCAGUUGUUCCAGUAAAUUAAGUUGCCGUUUCCUCCUCGGUGGAGAGCACGGUCGUCUACGCUACGCAGCUCCCGAGGGAUACUCCCCUCUGGUGGAGUCCCUCUUACCUCAGCAGAUCCUCAGUUUGGAGCCGUGCUUCUACUUCGGCAACUUGGCUAAGAGGGCAUUGGCUGGACCGCCUCUAGUGCAAGACGACACAGCGUUUGUACCAACACCUGUGGAUACUGUGUCGAUUACUUUGGCCACCUACAUCGAGCAAAUCCGAGAUAAACUAGCUGAGAAUAUUCACGAAAUGUGGGCGAUGAAUAAGAUCGAAGCCGGUUGGUGCUAUGGGGAGAAUCGAGACGACGCGCACCGCGUUCACCCGUGCCUUGUGCCCUUCGAGCGGUUGCCGCCCGCUGAGAAACGAUACGACAUACAGCUCGCUGUGCAAACGCUCAAAACAAUACUCGCCCUCGGCUACUACAUCAGUCUCGACAAGCCCCCUGCACGCAUCCGUAACGUCCGUCUGCCCAAUGAACCUUUCAUGCAAUCAAACGGGUACAAGCCAGCCCCUCUAGACCUGAGCGCUGUCACCCUGACACCGAAGAUGGAUGAACUGGUUGACCAGCUCGCUGAGAACACGCACAACUUGUGGGCCAGGGAGCGGAUACAGCAAGGGUGGACCUAUGGACUAAACGAGGACUCCGAAAUGCAUAGGUCGCCGCACUUGGUGCCAUACCCGAAAGUUGACGAUGCUAUCAAGAAGGCCAACCGAGAUACUGCUUCGGAAACCGUCAGAACCCUUCUCGUAUAUGGAUAUAACCUCGAUCCACCGACCGGAGAACAUCAGGAAGCAUUAUUGGCUGAAGCAUCAAAACAAAAGCAAGCCGACUUCAGAACUUACAGAGCGGAAAAGAACUACGCAGUCAGCUCUGGGAAGUGGUACUUUGAGUUCGAGAUACUCACCGCUGGGCCAAUGAGAGUUGGUUGGGCUCAUGCAGAUAUGCCGCCAGGAAUGAUGCUUGGUCAAGAUGAGAACUCCUGGGCAUUUGAUGGAUACAAUGAGGAAAAAGUAUACUCGGGUAGUACGGAGUCUUUUGGCAAGCAAUGGUCGGUGGGGGACGUUGUAGGCGUAUUCCUUGAUCUCAUUGACAGGACGAUAAGUUUUUCUCUGAACGGCGAGUUGCUUAUGGACGCUCUUGGUGGUGAGACGACUUUCGCAGAUGUGCAAGGGGAUAAUUUUGUACCAGCUUGCACCCUUGGUGUGGGUCAGAAAGCUAGGUUAUCGUAUGGUCAGGAUGUUAAUUCAUUGAAAUAUUUCACAACCUGUGGCUUACAAGAAGGCUACGAACCAUUCUGUGUUAACAUGAAACGCGAUGUGACCCAUUGGUAUACCAAAGAUCAGCCGAUAUUUGAGAAUACUGAUGAAAUGGCCGACACCAGGAUCGAUGUGACAAGAAUACCUGCUGGUUCUGAUACUCCGCCAUGUUUGAAAAUUUCUCACAACACAUUCGAGACCAUGGAAAAGGCUAACUGGGAGUUCCUCAGGCUGUCGCUGCCAGUUAUCUGUCAAACUGAAUUCAUUGAUGAAAGUGAGAAAGCUCGUCGCUGGGUGGAGAUUAAAGAACGCCAACAGGUACUCAUGAAGGAGGCCACCGAGGCGCAGAUGCCGGCACACAUCGACCAGAUCAUGAGGAGCGGGUUCACUAUGAACGAUAUUAAAGGUCUUCACUACGAUGAAAGCCAGGAAGAGUUGCCGAGUUCGAAAGUCAAAAGGCAACCCUCGAAACCACCUAGGAAGGGUUCCAUGACUCGUGGGGUUACCAUACAGAAUUAUAAUUUGCAACCAGGUCCUGUAAAUGGCAUGCUUCGCUCAACAAGCGAAGCAGAAAUGGCGAAGUACGAACUAGGCGCAACUUUGGCACCGGAAGACAAAAAGGCGGACAAGAGAGGAAGAUCUCCUUUUAAGUUCUUCAGAAGCAAACGCGGAGAAAGCGGCGAAAGAGGUAAAAGCCGUAAAUCUAAAACACCCGACCCAUUCAGCGACACUGAAGUGUCUCCAGAGAGAGGUGGUAUGCGACGACCCAAUCCGCAAAUAAGAAUAUCACAGGCGAAUCAAAGGUAUGCGCAGAGUAGACCAAGUAGGCCGAAUUUGUAUGGAAGCCAAACUGGUUUGAAUUUGAAUAGUAACCUCGCCGUGGCGACUCCACCACAGGAGCGCAAACAAAUGACUGCGGGCACCCUCUCCGCUGCGGCCACAGAGACCGUCGGCAACGAGAUAUUCGACGCCGACUGUUUGAAGCUGAUCAACGAGUACUUCUACGGUGUAAGGAUUUUCCCUGGCCAAGAUCCGACGCACGUGUACAUCGGCUGGGUGACCACGCAGUAUCAUUUACACUCCAAGGACUUCAAUCAGAAUAAGGUCACCAAGUCCUCUGUCAUCAUCACUGAUGACUACGACAGAGUGGUUGAAAGUGUAAACAGACAUUCGUGCUACAUGGUGCGCGCUGACGAACUCUACAACGAGGUGAUGGCCGAAGCGACAGGCAAGGGCGCCUCUCAGGGCAUGUUCAUCGGUUGCUCCGUCGACACCUCCACCGGCACCGUGUCCUUCACCUGCGAGGGGAAGGAGACCAGCAUCAAGUUCAAGAUGGAACCAGAAACCAAACUGUUCCCAGCCAUCUUCGUAGAGGCUACAUCCAAGGAGAUACUGCAGAUUGAGCUGGGGCGCUCAUCCACAAGUCUUCCGCUCAGUGCUGCGGUGCUGCCCACUAGUGACAAGCAUGUCAACCCACAGUUCCCGCCCAGAUUGAAGGUCCAGUGCUUGAAGCCUCACCAAUGGGCUAGAGUACCAAACCAAUCGUUGCAAGUUCACGCCCUGAAGUUAUCUGACAUCCGCGGCUGGUCCAUGUUGUGUGAAGACGCUGUCUCUAUGUUGGCUCUCCACAUACCCGAGGAGGAUCGCUGCAUCGACAUUCUGGAACUGAUCGAGAUGGACAAACUGCUCAGCUUCCACUCGCACACGCUCACCUUGUACGCCGCCUUGUGCUAUCAAAGCAAUUACAGAGCCGCCCACGCGUUAUGCCAACACGUGGAUCAGAAGCAGCUACUGUACGCCAUCCAGUCGCAGUACAUGUCCGGUCCGCUACGACAGGGCUUCUACGAUCUUCUCAUCGCGUUACAUCUAGAGUCGCAUGCCACCACUAUGGAGGCGUGUAAGAACGAGUUCGUCAUCCCGCUGGGGCCGGAGCUGAAGUCCCUGUACGAGGAGCCAGAGAUGAGGCACAGUCUGCGCUCGCUGCAGACUGAGAGCGUGAUCCCGCAGAUGAAGAUGACGGACAUAGCGGAAAGCAUAACGGAAAUCAGCAACCUGUAUUCCCCGUACUUCCCGCUGGAGGUGGUGCGGGAGUUCGUGAUGCAGGCGCUGGCGGAGGCGGUGGAGACCAACCAGGUGCACAACAGAGACCCUGUCGGAGGCAGCAACGAGAACUUGUUCUUGCCACUCAUAAAACUGGUAGAUCGGCUCUUGUUGGUUGGUAUGAUGAGAGACGAGGAUGUCGAGAAACUGCUCAUCAUGAUCAACCCGGAGACAUGGGAUGCGACAUUCGACAAAGAAGGCAAAGACGAGCACAGAAAAGGCCUGUUGCACAUGAAAAUGGCAGAGGGUGCUAAGCUACAGAUGUGCUACUUACUGCAGCAUCUCAACGACAUGCAGUUAAGGCAUCGCGUCGAGUUCAUCAUCGCCUUCGCUCACGACUUCGUUGGCGAUUUACAGGCCGAUCAGCUGAGACGUUACACCGAAAUCAAGCAAUCUGAUUUGCCGAGUGCUGUCGCGGCUAAAAAAACAAAAGAGUUCCGUUGUCCACCUCGUGAACAAAUGAAUGCUAUACUGGGUUUCAAGCACUUGGAGGACGAUGAUCCGGAGAACUGUCCGUGUGGCGAGGACCUGAUCUCGCGCAUGAAUGAGUUCCACGAGGGACUCAUGACGCACGUCUCGCUCAGUGCGCUGCAGGAACCCGACGGAGAGGAAUCUUCAGAACCGGAAGCAAAAACGGGUGCAUUUGGAAAACUGUACAACAUUAUAAAUACAGUGAAAGAGUUGGAAGAGGAAGCGAAGGCUGUAGAAGAACCAGUGAAGAAAACGCCCGAAGAAAAGUUCAGGAAAGUUCUGAUCCAAACCAUAGUCAAUUGGGCUGAAGAGUCACAGAUCGAAACGCCGAAGCUUGUAAGGGAAAUGUUUAGUCUCCUAGUUCGCCAAUAUGAUGCAGUGGGUGAACUAAUUCGAGCUUUAGAGAAGACUUACGUCAUCAACGCGAAGACCAAGCAGGAUGUGGCUGAGAUGUGGGUGGGGCUCAGUCAGAUCCGAGCCUUGCUGCCGGUGCAGAUGAGCCAGGAGGAGGAGGAGCUCAUGAGAAAGCGGUUAUGGAAACUUGUGAACAACCAUACGUUCUUCCAGCAUCCAGAUUUAAUAAGAGUGCUACGCGUACACGAGAAUGUAAUGGCGGUGAUGAUGAACACGCUGGGCAGACGCGCGCAGGCGCAGUCCGAUGCGCCCACCGCUGCGCAGCCAACGCCUGAGGAUAAGGAGAAGGACACUUCUCACGAAAUGGUGGUAGCGUGUUGUCGCUUCCUCUGCUAUUUCUGCCGCACUGGGCGACAGAACCAGAAGGCCAUGUUCGAUCACUUUGACUUCCUUCUGGAGAACUCCAACAUCCUUCUAUCUCGGCCUUCUUUGAGAGGUUCCACUCCACUGGACGUGGCUUAUUCCAGUUUGAUGGAGAACACUGAACUUGCUUUGGCUUUAAGAGAGCACUAUCUGGAAAAGAUAGCGGUGUACCUAUCUCGUUGUGGCCUGCAGAGCAACUCGGAGCUGAUAGAGAAGGGCUACCCUGACCUCGGCUGGGACCCAGUGGAGGGAGAGCGUUAUCUCGACUUCUUGCGAUUUUGUGUCUGGGUGAACGGGGAAAGCGUAGAAGAGAACGCCAAUCUAGUGAUCCGUCUCCUCAUCAGAAGACCCGAAUGCUUAGGCCCAGCGCUGCGCGGUGAAGGCGAAGGUUUACUGAAGGCCAUUGUUGACGCCAACAAGAUGAGCGAGAGGAUCGCCGACCGCCGCAAGCUGAGAGACGAGGACGGCGAUAUGAAUUUCAGUCACCCGCUGCCAGAGUCUGACGAUGACGAAGACUACAUCGACACGGGCGCCGCGAUACUGAACUUCUACUGCACGCUCGUCGACUUGCUGGGCAGAUGCGCGCCCGACGCCGGCGUUAUAGCUCUGGGAAAGAACGAGUCUCUGCGAGCGAGAGCCAUUCUUCGCUCCUUGGUUCCACUGGAAGACCUGCAAGGUGUUCUCAGUUUGCGGUUCACAUUGAACAACCCGGCCGCGGGCGAAGAGAGACCCAAAUCUGAUAUGCCAUCUGGAUUAAUUCCCGGCCAUAAGCAGAGCGUCGGAUUAUUCUUGGAGCGAGUCUACGGAAUCGAAACACAAGAACUCUUCUAUAGAUUGCUCGAGGAAGCUUUCUUACCGGAUCUCAGAGCUGCCACUAUGUUGGAUAGAAACGAUGGUUGCGAGUCCGACAUGGCGCUGUCCAUGAACCGCUACAUCGGCAAUUCGAUCCUGCCGUUGCUCAUCAAGCACGCCAACUUCUACAACGAGGCAGAGAACUACAGCAGUCUGCUGGACGCCACGCUGCAUACUGUUUACAGGUUGUCCAAAAACCGCAUGUUGACCAAGGGUCAGCGCGAGGCAGUGUCUGACUUCCUGGUGGCGCUCACGGCUGCCAUGCAACCCUCUAUGCUGCUCAAACUGCUGCGUAAACUCACUGUGGACGUGUCACGUCUGUCGGAGUACACCACUGUUGCACUGAGGUUGCUGACCUUACAUUACGAGCGCUGCGCGAAGUACUACGGCAGCACGGGCGGGCAGGGCGUGUACGGCGCGUCCUCCGACGAGGAGAAGCGCCUCACCAUGAUGCUGUUCUCCAACAUCUUCGACUCGCUCAGCAAGAUGGACUACGAGCCCGAGCUGUUCGGGAAAGCGCUGCCUUGUCUUAUUGCUAUUGGUUGUGCGUUACCUCCAGACUAUUCGUUAUCUAAGAACUAUGAUGAUGAAUUCUAUGGAAAAGAAAAUACUCAGACUACAGGCGCAGACAACCCCCAGUACGACCCUCAGCCCAUCAACACGUCGUCAGUAGCUUUGAACAACGACCUCAACACCAUCGUUCAGAAGUUCUCCGAGCAUUAUCACGACGCUUGGGCUUCGAGGAAAAUUGAAAACGGCUGGGUUUACGCCGAAGGAUGGUCGGACAUUCAAAAGUCGCACCCCCGUCUAAAACCGUACAACAUGCUGAACGACUAUGAAAAGGAGCGUUACAAGGAGCCGGUCCGCGAGUCAUUGAAAGCGUUGUUGGCAAUCGGCUGGUCUGUCGAGCAUUCUGAGGUGGACAUCCCCAGUACUAACCGCAGCUCUAUGAGGAGACAGUCUAAAUCUGGUGUUACGGACUCGGCCACUCCGUUCAACUACAACCCGCAUCCAGUGGACAUGACCAAUCUGACUCUAUCUCGCGAGAUGCAGAACAUGGCGGAGAGAUUGGCCGAAAACGCGCACGACAUCUGGGCGAAAAAGAAGAAGGAAGAACUCGUUACUAAUGGAGGUGGAAUCCAUCCCCAACUCGUCCCAUACGAUCUCUUAACUGACAAAGAGAAGAAGAAAGACAGGGAACGUUCCCAAGAGUUCCUCAAAUACCUGCAGUACCAAGGGUACAAACUUCACCGACCCAAGACAUCGCAGGGUGAUACAGAACAGACCACUACGGGAGUAGCAAUAGAGCUCAGAUUCGCGUACUCGCUUUUGGAGAAGCUGAUACAAUAUAUAGACAGAGCUACCAUCAAUAUGAAGCUUUUGAAACCCUCUACAACGUUCAGUAGACGUCCCAGUUUCAAGACAAGCACUAGGGAUAUCAAGUUCGUUUCUAAGCAAGACAAGUCGGAUCUUAAGUAUUACAAGAAGGUGGUCCUGCCUUUGAUGGAGAAAUACUUCUCUACGCAUCGUAACUAUUUCAUCGCGGUGGCAACAGCUACGAAUAACAUCGGCGCCGCGAGUUUAAAGGAGAAGGAAAUGGUUGCAGCGCUAUUCUGCAAGCUGGCUAGUUUGUUGCGAUCUAGACUAGCAGCCUUCGGUCCAGACGUCCGCAUCACAGUCCGCUGUCUCCAAGUGCUGGUCAAAGGCAUCGACGCGAAGUCCCUGGUGAAGAACUGCCCGGAGUUCAUCCGGACAUCAAUGCUGACGUUCUUCAACAACGUGGCAGAUGACCUCGGUCACACCAUUAUGAACUUGCAGGACGGGAAAUACGCGCAUCUUCGCGGGACGCAUCUGAAGACGUCCACGUCACUGGGCUACAUCAACGGCGUCAUAUUGCCCGUACUCACCGCCAUGUUCGACCACUUGGCCAACUGCGAGUAUGGCGCGGAUCUGUUGCUGGAUGAAAUUCAGGUGGCCUCAUACAAGAUGUUGGGAUCUCUGUUCACGCUAGGAACCGAUGCCAGCCUCACGCACGACAGGAAGUAUCUGAAGACGGAAAUUGAAAGAAACAAACCUGCUUUGGGUUCGUGUUUGGGCGCUUUCAGUUCCACAUUCCCCGUCGCCUUCUUUGAGCCUCACCUCAACAAACACAACCAAUUCUCUCUACUGAACCGUAUCGCAGACCAUUCCUUGGAAGCAAAAGAUAUAAUGGCAAAGAUGGAGCAAUCGAUGCCAACUCUCGAAAGCAUCCUCAACGAAGUGGACAAUUUCGUGGAGUCAGAUAAGACGUACAGCGAAGCGCCGCACAUCAUCGACGUAGUGCUGCCGUUGUUGUGCUCCUAUCUGCCGUUCUGGUGGGCGCAGGGGCCCGAUAACGUGACGCCCACUGCUGGAAACCACGUAACCAUGGUAACAGCCGAACACAUGAACCAACUGCUCAAGAACGUCCUCAAACUCAUCAAGAAGAACAUCGGCAACGAAAGUGCGCCUUGGAUGACGCGGAUAGCAACGUACACGCAACAGAUCAUCAUCAACAGUUCCGAGGAGCUGUUGAGAGAGUCAUUCUUGCCGCUGGCGGAGAGAGUGAGGAAGAGAACGGACACAAUGUUCCAUAAGGAAGAGAGUUUGAGAGGCUUUAUUAAGUCAUCGACGGAUGAUACUUCUCAAGUGGAGUCGCAGAUACAAGAGGACUGGCAACUGUUGGUUCGUGAUAUUUAUUCCUUCUACCCGCUACUUAUAAAGUACGUCGAUCUUCAGAGAAACCAUUGGCUUCGGAACAACGUGACAGAGGCAGAAGAAUUAUACAAUCAUGUGGCAGAGAUAUUCAACAUUUGGUCCAAGAGUCAGUACUUCCUCAAAGAGGAGCAAAACUUUAUUUCUGCUAACGAAAUCGACAAUAUGGUGUUGAUUAUGCCUACUGCAACUCGAAGAGUUACCACCGUUGUUGACGGGACGCCACAAGGUGGAGGAAAGAAGAAGAAGAAGCACCGCGACAAGAAGCGUGACAAAGACAAGGAGGUGCAAGCGUCACUGAUGGUGGCCUGUCUGAAGAGGUUACUGCCGGUCGGUCUGAACCUCUUCGCGGGCAGGGAGCAAGAACUGGUGCAGCAUUGUAAAGAUCGCUUCCUGAAGAAAAUGUCAGAACAAGACGUAGCGGAAUUCGCCAAAAUCCAACUAACGUUGCCUGACAAGAUAGACCCAGCGGACGAGAUGUCCUGGCAGCAUUACCUGUACAGCAAACUGGGCUCCAAGAGCAAAACGACCAUAACUGUUGAGACUUCAGAGAACAAGGCCAAGAUCAUAGAUGACACUGUGGAAAGGAUAGUGGCUAUGAGCAAAGUGCUGUUUGGAUUGCAUAUGAUCGACCACCCUCAACAAAUGAGUAAAAACGUCUAUCGCUCCGUGGUGUCGAUACAACGCAAGCGCGCCGUCAUCGCCUGCUUCAGGCAGACUUCGCUACAUUCCCUGCCCAGACAUCGAGUCUGUAACAUCUUCGCCCGAACUUACUACGAGUUAUGGUUAGAAGAAGAGAACAUCGGUCAAGAGGUCAUGAUCGAGGAUCUUACGCAAUCGUUCGAGGAUGCAGAAUUAAAAAAGACUGAUACGGUGGAGGAAGAAGGCAAACCUGACCCUCUCACACAGCUCGUCACGACUUUCUGCCGCGGCGCCAUGACUGAACGCUCUGGAGCAUUGCAGGAAGAUCCGUUAUACAUGUCGUAUGCGCACAUAAUAGCCAAGUCGUGCGGAGAAGAAGAAGAGGAAGGCGGAGAGGAAGAAGAAGAAGGUGGAGAACCUGAAGGCGGUGAGGAAGAGGGUCGUGCGAGCAUACACAAAACUAUGGAGACGUUUAUGGAACAAGAAAUGGAGAAGCAAAAGCUUUUGUUCCACCAAAAGCGACUCGCAAACCGCGGCGUGGCUGAAAUGGUGCUACUGCAUAUAUCCGCGUCAAAGGGCCUGCCCAGUGACAUGGUCAUGAAAACUUUGCAGCUCGGCAUCUCAAUAUUGAGGGGAGGCAACAUUGAUAUACAGAUGGGUAUGCUUAAUCAUCUGAAAGACAAGAAAGAUGUUGGUUUCUUCACAUCAAUUGCCGGUCUGAUGAAUUCGUGCUCUGUCCUCGACUUGGACGCCUUCGAAAGGAAUACUAAAGCAGAAGGACUCGGGGUGGGUCUCGAAGGGGCGGCAGGAGAAAAGAACAUGCAUGAUGCUGAAUUCACUUGUGCGCUGUUCCGAUUCAUACAGCUGACUUGUGAAGGUCACAACUUGGAGUGGCAGAACUACCUUCGUACCCAAGCUGGUAACACGACCACAGUAAAUGUGGUCAUUUGUACAGUCGAUUACUUGUUGCGGCUACAAGAGUCUAUUAUGGACUUCUACUGGCAUUACUCCAGUAAGGAGCUCAUCGACCCAGCGGGCAAGGCGAACUUCUUCAAAGCCAUCGGCGUCGCAUCUCAAGUGUUCAACACCCUCACUGAAGUCAUCCAGGGCCCGUGUACACAGAAUCAACAGGCCUUGGCUCACUCCAGGUUGUGGGAUGCAGUGGGCGGUUUCCUGUUCCUGUUCUCUCACAUGCAGGACAAACUGUCCAAGCACUCGUCACAGGUUGACUUGCUGAAGGAACUCCUCAAUUUGCAGAAGGACAUGAUCACUAUGAUGUUGUCUAUGCUUGAAGGAAAUGUUGUCAACGGCACAAUUGGUAAACAGAUGGUAGACACACUAGUGGAGUCUGCUUCUAAUGUGGAACUGAUUCUCAAAUACUUCGACAUGUUCCUGAAGUUGAAGGACCUGACCACGAGCGCCAGUUUCAAGGAAAUCGACGCAAACAGCGACGGCUGGGUGCUGCCCAAAGACUUUAAGGAAAAGAUGGAACAGCAGAAAAGCUAUACGCCAGAGGAGAUAGAGUUCCUCCUAGCGUGUUGCGAAACUAAUCACGAUGGUAAACUGGACUACCUGGGCUUCUGCGACCGCUUCCACGAGCCCGCCAAGGAAAUCGGCUUCAAUCUUGCUGUCCUACUCACGAACUUAUCGGAGCACAUGCCCAACGAACCCAGACUCGCCCGAUUCCUGGAAACCGCCGGCUCCGUCCUGAACUACUUCGAGCCCUUCCUGGGCCGCAUUGAGAUCAUGGGCGGCUCCAAGAGGAUCGAGCGCGUGUACUUCGAGAUCAAGGAGUCCAAUAUAGAGCAGUGGGAGAAGCCACAGAUUAAGGAAUCCAAACGCGCGUUCUUCUACAGCAUAGUUACAGAGGGCGGUGACAAGGAGAAGUUGGAGGCGUUUGUCAACUUCUGUGAAGACGCCAUCUUUGAGAUGACGCACGCGUCCGGUCUAAUGGCCGCGUCAGAAGAAUCGGCUGGAGGACCGAAGAACAGAGAAGCGUAUCAUGUGUACAUGGGAGAUGAUGAAGAAGAGAGAGCCGGCAAGGAUCCAUUCCGUCGUGGUUUCCAAUCAGUCAAGGACGGCAUCUCCACGGCAUUCUCGUCUCUAUCCCCUUCUAACAUAAAGCAGAGAAUCGCAGAUCUACAGCAGAUGCCACCCGCGGAACUUUGCGUCGGCUUCUUCAAGAUGUUCUUCUAUCUCUUCUACUAUUUGGGCUACGGUGCUGUUGUUGUUACCAGGUAUGUCUUCGGUGUACUUCUGGGCCUGAUGCGCGGGCCGGUGUCAGACGAACCGCCGCCGGAACCGACUGAGGAGGAGAAAAUCGGUCAGUUGAAGCUAUCGCUUCUACACAGAACACUGCCACAAAGUCCUAUAAGACAUUUGCCAGCGUUGCCGGCAGCAGAUGAUACGGGACAGAUGCAAGUGUCUGCUUUCGGACUGGAUAUCACUAAAGAAGACAAUGGCCAGAUACAAGUAAAACCGCACGAGUCACCCAGCACGUCCACUCCAUCAUCAGGCGAGGAGGCGGAACAGUCUCCCGACGAAGGUGCUGAACAUACAGAAGAUCAGCAGCCGCCCUCUCUGAUAGAUCUUUUGGGAGGAGAGCAAGCCAAGAAGCAAGCUCAAGAACGUAUGGAAGCUCAGGCAAUACAACAAGCUGCAAUGUCAUCUAUUGAAGCUGAAAGCAAAAAGCAGGCGGUGCAAGGUCCCGCGCCCUCCGCUCUGUCUCAAGUGGACCUGUCACAAUACACUAAGCGCGCCGUGUCCUUCCUCGCGAGGAACUUCUACAACCUGAAAUACGUCGCUCUCGUGCUGGCGUUCUGCAUCAACUUCGUGCUGCUGUUCUAUAAGGUAUCCACAUUGGAGGUGGAACGCAGUGAGGGUUCAGGAAUUGGGGACAUCAUCAGCGGAUCUGGAUCGGGACAAGGCUCCGGCGGGAGCGGUGAUGGUGGUAGCGGCGAGAGUGAGGAGGAAGAUCCUCUAGAAGUGGUGCUCAUAGACAAGGACUUCUUCUACAUGGAGCACGUCAUCAACCUUGCCGCGGCGAUGCACUCUAUCGUGUCGCUGGCUAUACUCAUCGGCUACUACCAUCUGAAGGUGCCAUUAGCUAUAUUCAAGCGUGAAAAGGACAUAGCUCGUAGGCUGGAGUUCGACGGACUGUACAUUGCGGAACAACCAGAAGACGACGACCUUAAAAGCCAUUGGGACAAACUUGUCAUAUCUGCUAAGUCAUUCCCCGUGAACUAUUGGGAUAAGUUCAUCAAAAAGAAAGUCCGCGUAAAGUAUUCCGAGACGUAUGACUUUGACUCGAUAUCCAACAUGCUGGGUAUGGAGAAGACUUCCUUCUCGGCACAGGAAGAGGAAGGCAGCAAGGGAUUCUGGCAUUACAUCAUAAACAUCGACUGGCGCUACCAAGUGUGGAAAGCGGGAGUGACGAUAACCGACAACUCUUUCCUCUACUCCCUCUGGUACUUCUCGUUCUCUGUGAUGGGCAACUUCAACAACUUCUUCUUCGCCGCCCAUUUGCUGGACGUUGCCGUCGGCUUCAAGACCUUGAGGACCAUCUUGCAGUCUGUCACGCAUAAUGGAAAGCAGUUGGUGCUGACGGUGAUGCUGCUGACAAUCAUAGUGUACAUCUACACGGUGAUCGCGUUCAACUUCUUCCGCAAGUUCUACGUGCAAGAGGAGGACGACGAGGUCAAUAGGAACUGCCACGACAUGCUUACGUGUUUCGUGUUCAACUUGUACAAAGGCGUGCGCGCCGGCGGAGGUAUCGGCGACGAGCUGGAGCCGCCCGACGGAGACGACUCGGAGGUGUACCGCAUCAUCUUCGACAUCUCCUUCUUCUUCUUUGUCAUCAUCAUCCUGCUAGCUAUAUUACAGGGUUUGAUCAUCGACGCGUUCGGUGAGCUGCGUGACCAGCUGGAGUCAGUGAAGGAGGACAUGGAGUCCAACUGCUUCAUAUGCGGCAUUAAUAAAGACUACUUUGAUAAAGUUCCGCACGGUUUCGACACUCACGUGCAGCGGGAACACAAUCUGGCGAACUACAUGUUCUUCCUCAUGCAUCUCAUCAACAAACCCGACACUGAGUAUACAGGUCAAGAAACAUACGUAUGGAAAAUGUAUACACAAAGAUGCUGGGACUUCUUCCCAGUUGGUGACUGCUUUAGGAAGCAAUACGAAGAUGGAACGGGAGAAUAGUUUAUAAAUACUUGUUAAUAUUGUUAGCCAAAAACGUUCCCUAAAAUUACUUAUCGCCAUUAUCUCUUUCUUUUCUAUUCGAUGUGUAAAGGACAGCGAUAGUCGGCAACCAGGGGGAAAUUGCAUAACGUGAUUGUUUGACAGCAAAUCCAUUCCAUUAUAAAUGUCAAACUGACAGUUUUCUUAAGACUUUGACAUAUAUUUCAUUAAAUGGAUCCGAUCAAGUUACGCAAUUACCCACAAAGUUGGCAUGCGUGAAGUACGAAAAUGUUAUUUCAAAAUUUAAAUAUCGAUUAACAUUGUUGCUCAAAAUUUUCACAGAUUAAAUAAAUAAAACGGUCACUGAAGUAGAAUAUCUUUGCUCUAUGUAACCAGAGUAUAAACUUUUUGAUAAAAAUGACUAAUAGCUUCCCGCCAUAUUUUAAUUCGUUUGUAAAUUGACAAUUUUCCAUAGAUAAUUUGACACAAAAGAGAAAUUCAUCUUAUCUUGACAGCAAAGUAUUGUCGUUCAAAAAUUAAGCUUCGAUCUAAAAUAAUUAUUAUUUUUCCUUUUUAAUUACAUAGUGUUUAGAGAUAAAUGUGUAUAAAUACAUUUUAUUUAAAAUUUCAAUCUUCUGUCGCUUCCGAAAAAUAUUGUUAAGAAUAAUAAUUAAUUAAGGGGCCUUUCCAAGAAUAUAAAGUUUUCUAUUUAAACUUUUUCGAUAUAGUUUAUGUAAGAUAAUUAUUUAAACGUGUUAUAAAUAAAAUAAAUCUUUAAUUUAUUGAA